AUGACGCUUCUUCAGUGGACGGCGAGAGUCGCCUUGGCAGGGGUAGCUUUAAUUGGAAGCUGCGAUGCUGUCUUCUACGUUCCCGGAGUCCAACCCCUCAAUUUCCAACGCGGUGAUGAUGUGCCAAUGAAGGUUAAUGCCCUGACUUCGGUGCACACCCAGAUUCCCAAGGAUUACUACCGUCUUCCAUACUGUAAGCCUGAGGGAGGUCCGAAGAUGGCCUCUGAGAACUUGGGCGAGUUCCUCACUGGCAAUAAGAUUCAAAGUUCCCCCUACGCCAUCACCAUGCUGGAAGAGGUUUUCUGCCACAAAGUCUGCCAGGUCCAGCUCACCAACAUUGAAGCCGCAAAGCUGAGGUUGCACAUUAAGUACGGAUACCACAACAAUUGGAUUAUUGAUAAUCUCCCUUCUGCCAACCUGGCUGUUAGUAAUGGCAAGGAACAAAAGCACUAUGCUGGAGGAUUUCCAAUCGGUAUCAUGUCGAAUGACAAAACCAAAGCUUACAUCUACAACCACGUCAACAUCAAUAUUGACUACCACACGCGUGAAGACGAGGGAUACAGAGUGGUCGGCUUUGCUGUAGAGCCUCUCAGUGUCGCCCACAAAUUCCAGGGAAAUUAUGACUGGGAUGGACUCAGUUUGGACGGAAUUCAAAAGCCUCUGUCUACCUGCCCGCCAGCAUCCUCUGCAGAGCACAUGGAUCGUGAUCGAAUUGAAAGUCUACAGAUCGUCAACCCAAACGAGAAGGUCUUAUUUACCUAUGACGUCCUCUGGAGGGAAAGCGAGGUGGCCUGGUCGUCCCGUUGGGAUGUGUAUCUCACUGAGGAUCAUUUGGUCCCCGCCCAAGUGCAUUGGUAUUCGAUCACCAAUUCUAUUUUGGUGGUUGUCUUCCUUUCCCUCUUGGUCAUCUCCAUUCUUGUCAGGAAUUUGCGCAGGGAUAUUGCUGCUUACAAUGCUCUAGCCGCUCUCUCAGAAGAGGACGCUGAGGAAGCAGAAGACGAAAAGGGAUGGAAAUUGGUUCAUGCUGAUGUUUUCCGCCCUCCAUCCACCAUGCCAAUGAUUUUCUGUGUCUUUGUGGGAACAGGAGUUCAGCUCGGAUUGGCCCUCUUUUGUGCCAUUGUCUUUUCGGCAAUUGGUUUCUUGUCUCCUGCUAGACGUGGCUCCUUGAUGAAUGCUGCAUUGGUCUUUUACAUGCUAUGCGGUUCCUUUUCUGGAUACGUCAGUAGCCGUCUCUACAAGUCAUUCCGCGGUCGCCUCUGGCAGGUGUGCACUGUCCUCACUGCCACAUUGUUCCCAGGAGCUGCCUUUGGAAUGUUCCUUUUCUUCAACAUUAUUUUGGCAUUCAUGCAAUCGUCUGCCUCGGCCCCAUUUCUGGAUGUCCUAAUUGUGGCGGCCAUGUGGUGUUGUGUUUCCAUCCCCCUCACCUUUUUGGGUGCCUAUUUCGGUUACAAGGCGGAGGCUUUUGAAUUCCCUACAGUCACCUCUACGAUUGCCAGGGCGAUCCCGCCUCCGUCUCCACUACUCAACCCAAUGAUUGGAAUGACCUUGACUGGUAUCAUCCCCUUUGCCGCUGCUUAUGUUGAGCUGUUCUUCAUCAUGACCAGUCUUUGGAUGGACCAGUUCUACUAUGUCUUUGGUUUCACUUUGAUUGUGUACAUUAUCUUGAUCAUCACCUGUGCGGAAGUCACCCUUCUUUCGGUCUACUACCAACUCUGCGCGGAGAACCACAGAUGGUGGUGGUAUUCGUUCUUUUGUGCCGGAAGUACUUCCUUCUACAUGUUUGGCUACAGUGUGAUUUGGUUCCGAACUCUGGAGGCAUCCAAGAUGAUCAUGACCUACCUUCUCUACUUUGGCUACAUGUCUUUGCUUUCCUUUUCCAUGUUUUUGGUGUUUGGAUCCAUUGGUGCCUUGACGUCCUUGGCCUUUAUUCACAAAAUCUUUUCCACAAUCAAAGUGGAUUAA